UAUAGAUUCUGGCGCAACAAAAUGGCUGAUCUUUGACUGUCUAUUUGCCUGAGAGCAAAGCGAGUGUUCUCUUCUUGAUUGUAUCAUGUGAUACAAAGAAAGCUUGCUAGAUUGAUCUACUGUAUGAACUCGCACAUUUAUAAAAAUGCCAUCCUGCGAUUUGGAUGUGUGUGACAUUGAGGAUGCUGUGAAAAAAGAUGAUCUUACCCCUAAUGAUCGGAUCACUCCUAGGGGAGCUGUUCUACCAAAGGCAAGAGUAAAAUCGACAAGGAACAACUUAAAUGAAUUGCCUGUGGGAGAUAGUAUUAUACCGGGAACACAGAAAAUUUACAUCAGAACUUGGGGAUGCUCCCACAAUAACAGUGAUGGAGAAUACAUGGCUGGGCAGCUUGCAGCAUAUGGAUAUAAAAUAACAGAUGAUUCUGAAGCAGCUGAUCUGUGGCUACUGAACAGUUGCACAGUGAAAAACCCUUCAGAGGAUAACUUUCGGAAUGCCAUCAAGAGGGCUCAAGAGCUAGACAAACAUUUGGUUGUAGCAGGCUGUGUACCACAAGGCCAGCCCAAACACCAGUCAAUUAAAGGAAUUAGUGUGAUUGGGGUUCAACAAAUUGACAGGGUGGUGGAGGUGGUAGAAGAAACAUUAAAAGGUCAUACAGUUCGACUUCUUGGUCAGAAGAAAGUUGGUGGAAAGAAAACUGGGGGAGCUCCUCUGGAUCUCCCAAAAAUCCGAAAAAAUCCUUUGAUAGAAAUUAUAGCCAUCAACACUGGGUGCUUGAACCAGUGCACUUACUGCAAAACUAAGCAUGCACGAGGUGAUCUGGGCAGUUAUCCUCCUGAAGAGAUUGUUGAAAGGGCCAAGCAAGCCUUUGAAGAGGGAGUUGUAGAACUUUGGUUGACCAGUGAAGACACAGGAGCUUAUGGCAAAGAUAUUGGAGUGACAUUACCUGAGUUGCUAUGGCAACUUGUAGAGGUAAUUCCAGAAGGGGCUAUGUUGAGGAUUGGAAUGACAAACCCACCCUAUAUUCUGGAACACUUGGAGGAAAUGGCAAAGAUAUUGAACCAUCCCCGUGUUUACAGUUUUCUGCAUGUUCCUGUCCAGAGUGCAUCAGACAAUGUUCUCAGUGACAUGAAAAGAGAGUAUUGUGCUGAUGAUUUUCGUCAUGUUGUCGAUUUCUUAAGAGAAAAGGUACCAGGGGUAACCAUAGCAACAGACGUGAUCUGUGGCUUUCCUACAGAGACUUGGGAGGACUUUCAGGAGACUGUGGCUCUAGUUGAUCAAUACAAGUUCCCCAGUCUGUUUAUUAAUCAGUUUUAUCCUCGCCCUGGGACACCUGCUGCAAGGAUGAAAAGACUACCUACAGAAGAGGUUAAGAAGAGAACAAGAGAAAUAUCCAAAGUCUUCCACAGCUACCAUCCGUAUGAUCACAAGGUGGGUGAGCAUCAAACAGUCCUGAUAACAGAAGACGCAAAGGAUCAAGCUCACUUUGUCGGUCACAACAAAUAUUAUGAUCAGGUACUCAUUCACAAAAGUGAGGGUGAUCUCAUGGGUAAAAUGGUACAAGUAGAAAUCACAUCUGCAGGAGAGCACUUUCAAAUGGCACGUGUCCUAAGCCAUACCGAAGUUCAUUCACCUGGUCUGGUCGAGCCGUUACCAAAAGGUGCUGUCAGCGGUGUUCGCACUACGCUCACGCCCGAAAGAGUCGUUCAAGGUCAAGCAAGUCGUUGGCAGCAAUGGCAAAGAGCUGCAGUGGUUGUACUUCUUGCAGUUGUUGUAGCGGAUGUUUUGAGAAUUUUGUAUUUAUGGACCAGUCAGUGAAAUUGUGAUGAAAUAGACAAUUUAAAAGAAAAAUGGGGAAAAAAUUUAAAACAAAAAAGUUACAACCUUUUUUCCAAGGUUCACUAUUUAUAUCGACAAAAUAGCCGUUGCCUACUCAAAAAUGAUGAAAAGGAUCACUAAAUGUAGAUUAUUUCUGCCUUUGCGAAUCACCGAGGCGGUUGAUGCGUGUGGUUGGAAAAAAGCUAAUAAGUUAAUUCCUUGAUCAAUUGCGUAUACGAGUAGAAAACUUGUCCUCAGGAAAUGAUUCUGAUUUACCAACUUCCUAACUCUGAUGUUGGACAAUAAAAAAAACAGUGAGUA